UCAUGGUUAAAAGUGAAAUCAAUUGGUCCUUGAGAGCCAAAAAAAUCAGAUGGUUCUUGGGAGCUCUCUUCUUCGCGUCAGAAUCAUCGUCAUCGUCGCUACCAUCGUCGGGGGGCUUUAGGGUUUCUGCAGCUGAAACUCUCUCUCUCUCUCUUUCAGACACAGAAGAGAGAGAGAGGUGGAGUUGGGAGGGAAUUUGGGGGUCCCUAUAUUGCGGGAUAUUUGGACGUUUCUUUCUUGCUUGUUCCUGCUGAUUGGCAGGAGGAAAAAGUAUAGUAAGUCGGGAAAAUUUUAGGCCCUUCCUUCUUUCUCUCUCUCUCGCUCUCUUUCCUUUGUUUUGGUCGGUGGAGUUCUUGUUGGUGCGGUGAACUAUGGAGGGGAGUGGUUGGAGGCCGGCACAAGGAGAUCCGGGGAUGGCAUCAGGCGAUUGGAGGUCCGAGCUAUCCACGGAGUCCCGACAGAGGAUUGUCAACAAGAUAAUGGAUACACUAAAAAAACAUUUACCAAUCUCGGGUCCCGAAGGACUUUCUGAACUUAAUAAAAUUGCUGUCAGAUUUGAAGAAAAAAUCUAUGCUGCUGCAACAAGUCAGCCUGAUUAUUUGCGGAAAAUAUCUCUCAAAAUGCUUACUAUGGAAUCAAAAUCUUCUAAUACAAAUCCAUUGGCAUCAAACUCUGCUGCUGGCAUCCAAAAUUCACCAGAUCCAGCACCACAUAGUGUGCAGCAAGUGCGGAAUCAGGGACCACCUUUGCCUAUUUCCUUACCUGGUCAGGCUCAAGCAAGGCAGCCGAUGUUGUCCCAGAAUGUUCAAAAUCCUGUUGCAUCUGGAAAUGUACAAAUUACUUCAAAUAUGUCUGCUGCAUUGCCUUCUAUUACAGGAACAGGGACCAGUCUACCCAGUGCUGUGAGCCAGGGUUCUACUUUACCAAGUAUGUCUGGUAUUCCUCAGAAUUCUGUAAAUAGUUCUAUGGGGCAGGGUGUUCCACAGCACAUGUUUUCAAAUGCUCAAAGGCAACUCCAAGCAAGGCAGCAGUCACAACAGGUUGCCUCUCAACAGCAUCAGCAACAACCACAAAAUCAACAAUUUUAUCAUCAGCAGCUACAGCAACAAAUGUCGAAAUCGAAAAUGCAACAACAGGGAAAUAUCCAGUCAUCACUCUUGCAACAGUCACACAUGCAACAACAUCAACCACUAUUGCAACCAAACCAGAUGCAACCUUCGCAACCCCUUAUGCAGACAACUCAACAGCCUUCUCUUCAGUCAAGCCAGGUAGCUCUUCAGCAACCACAAGCUUCUGUGAUGCAGACAACUCAACAGUCUGGCCUGCAACAUAGUCAGCAACAAUCGUUGCCGCAGUCUGUUUCACCAGUCAUUCAGCAACAUCAGCAGUCAAUGUUCAGACAUCAGCAAUCACAGCAAUCUUCUGUACAGCAACAUCCAUCUGUAAUUCAUCAGCAUCAGCCUCAAACGAACCAGGCAUCUGUGCUGCCAUCACAGCAGCAGCAGCAAUUGAUGGGUCAAACAAAUUCUUCAGGCGUACAGCAAAAUCAGAUGCUGGGACAGCAAAAUACUGUGCCAGAUUUGCAGCAGCAACAGCAGAGGAUGUUCAGUCAGCAGAACCUUGCAAACAUGCAGCAGCAGCAACAACAACAACAACAACAGCAGCAACAACAACAACAACAACAACAACAACAACAACAACAACAGUUGCUGGGUCAGCAUGGUAAUAUCCCAACCAUGCAUCAGCAGUCACAGCAAUUAGGCCAACAAGGUAGUAUUUCAGGGCUUCAGCAACAUCCACAAUUACUGGGGUCACAGUCCGGCACUUCUAACCUGCAGCAACACUCGCAUCCAAUUCAUCAGAUUCUUCAACAUUCUAAGUCUACUAUUCAGCAUCAACAACCUCAGCAGGCUUCCUCAACAUUGCUGCAACAGCAGGCUCAGCAGUCACAGACACAACCAUUGCAGCAGCAAAUGAUGCCCCAGAUCCAAAAUCAGCCUACGCAAUUGCAACAGCAGAUCCCAUUGCAGCAACAACCAAACAAUUUACAGAGGGAGCUCCAGAAAAGAGUUCAAACAUCAGGUGGCCUAUUGCAACAACCAGGUGUAGUUGACCAGCAGAAACCACAGUUUCAGUCACAAAGAGUGUUGCCAGAAGCUUCGUCAGCACCAAUGGAAACAACACCUCAGGCAGUGCAUGCGACCACAAUUGAUUGGCAGGAGGAGGUAUAUCAGAAGAUAAAAGCUUUGAAAGAUUUGUACUUUGAUGAGCUUAAUGAUCUAUAUCAAAAGCUUACCCUAAAAUGCCAACAGCAAGAUGCUCUUAGCCAGACGCAGAUGCAAUCAGAUCAAAUAGAUAAGCUGCGGAAUUACAGGAAUGUACUAAAGACCACUUUAACAUAUUUGACCAUUCCAAAAAAUGGUAUUUCACCAGGUUUCAAAGACAAGAUAGGCUCGUUUGAGAGGCAGAUUCUGUAUAUCCUUAAUAUGUUUAAGGCCAGGAAACCUACUCAAAAUCAGCAAGGGCAACAGCAGCAGCUUCCACCCCCAUCUGGUGGUCAGUCACUAUCUGUGCAGCAGCAACAGCAGCAGCUUCCACCACCAUCUGGUAGCCAGUCGCUAUCCUUGCAGCAGCAGCAGCACCAACCACAACCUCAAAUCUCCCAGCUACAACACAAUGACAGUCAUGCUAACCAGUUGCAUUCUGUGAAUCUACAGAACUCAUUAAAUUCAAUGCAGUCAAGCACUAUGACAACCAUGCAGCAUGGAUCCAUGCCUUUAGGACAGAAUGCUGGGAUUCCAACUUCGCAACAGAACAUGCGGAAUGUGCUGCAAUCUGGGUCACAUAUGGACCCAACGCAAGCAAAUAAUUUAGGUACCCUGCAACCAAAUACAGUGAGUUCUCUUUCACAAGGUGGUGGAGGAACUUUGCAGCAAAAUACUGUUAAUGCAUCUCAACAAUCUGCAUUGGGUUCCUUGCCACAAAGUAGUAUGAAUGCCAUGCAGCAAACCAAUGUUAAUACUCAAACAAAUGCUAAUAUGCUACAGCACCAGCAACAGCUUAAGCAAAUGCAACAGCGCCAUAUGCAGCAGCAUAUUAUACAGCAGCAACAUAAGCAACAGAUUAUGCAGCAGACACAGUUGCAGCAGCAAUAUCAACAACAACAAUUACACAUGCAUCAAAAGCAACAGCAGUCUGCACAACUUCAGGCUCAUCAAAUGACACAACUUCAUCAGAUGAAUGAUGUCAGUGAGCUGAAAGUAAAACAUGGGGUUGGUCUUAAAGCUGGACUGCUGCAGCAGCAGCAGCAGCAGCACUCAAUGGGUCAGCGUGCAGCAUUUCAACAACUUAAGACGGGAACAUCAUUUUCAGUUUCUUCUCCUCAAUUACUUCAGACUGCUUCGCCACAGAUCUCCCAACAUUCUUCACCACAGGUGGAUCCACAAAGUUUGCUGACAGUAACAUCUGCUCCAAAAGUUGGUACCCCUAUGCAAGCCGCUAAUUCACCUUUUGUUGUUCCUUCACCCUCCACUCCUUUCUCCCACUCACCUUUACCAGCUGACACUGAAAAGCCUGGAACUUCACCCCUUUCAAACACAGGAAACACUGUGAACCAACAGUCAACUGCUCUAUCAGCUCAGGCACAAUCUCUUGCAAUUGGUACACCUGGAAUAUCACCCUCGCCUUUGCUUGCAGAAUUUACUACUCAGGAUGGAAAUCUGGGUGCCACUGCAGCGUUAGGUCCAAGUGGCAAAUCAAGCACAAAUGAGCGGCCCUUUGAUCGGUUGAUCAAAGCAGUAUCAUCUGUGUCAUCCAAAGCUUUCACAUCAUCUAUCAAUGACAUAACUGCUGUCAUGAAUUUGACUGAUCGGAUGGUAGGAUCAGCACCUGGAAAUGGAGCUAGGACUGCUGUUGGAGAGGAUUUAGCGGCUACAACUAGAUGUCGCAUUCAAGCAAGGAGUUUGGUUGCACAAGAUGGAAAUGCUGCAUCAAGGAAGAUGAAGCGGAGCACAAGUGCAAUGCCACUGAAUGUUGUGUCAUCGGCUGGAAGCAUAAACAACAGUCUUUCUCUGCUUACUAGUGUAGAAUCAUCUGAAUUGGAGUCAACUGCGACAUCAAGAGUGAAGAGACAAAAAGCUGAGGUUAAUCAGAUUCUGCUCGAUGAAAUUAAGGAUAUAAAUGAGAAACUUAUUGACACCAUCAUUGAUGUAAGUGAUGAAGAUAGUGACUUGUCAUCUGCCACUGCUGAAGGAAGUGGUGGGAUCGUUAUCAAGUGCUCCUAUAAUGCAGUUGCUCUCAGUCAAAAUAUGAAAUCUCAAUAUGCACUGGCACAAAUUUCACCAAUUUUACCGUUGAAGUUGCUUGUUCCUUCAAACUACCCCAAGACUUCUCCCAUCCUGCUUGACAUUCGACCAGUUGAUGUGAGUAUGGAAGGCGAAGAUCUGUCUGCAAAGGCCAAAGCAAAGUUCAGUCUGUCAGUUCGAGGCCUUCCACAACCUAUGACUUUGGGAGACAUAGCAAGAACAUGGGAUGCUUGUGCACGCAAGGUAAUGGAGGAGUACGCGCAGCAGACUGGUGGUGGCAGCUUCAGCUCAAGAUACGGAGCUUGGGAGAACUGUGUGAGUGCAUGAUUCUGAUGGCCACACAUUUACAUGGAGCAACAGCCUUGAAGAAAAGUAACACGUGUCUAGUGCACAGUUUCCUCUGUAAACUAAACAGGAGACAGUUUAUCUUGUAAUGAAGAUGCCAUUCUAGCAACACGAUCUAAUAAUGGAUAGAUGUUCAUAUACUAAUUGUAUAAGAAUUUAGUUAAGAGUUGUGGGAAGAAUCCCCCUGCUGUAAAGGGGGUUUAGUGAGAAAUUAAUUGUACA